GAUAACUACUGCGCUCUCGUAGUGUAGGAUAUUACAUAAAUGCGACAUUUAUCACAACAUGAAAAUAUAGGUUGUACACGGACAAGGAGUAUUUGAUUGUGUGGAUGCCCGAUGAAGUGAACGAGACGUCCAGGAUAACCGGCUUUUUGACGUUGGAAACAUUGUGGUUUCGAGGUUAAUGUAGGUUACAGCGCUCACCUCGUUGGGGCAUUGCGAUUUUCAGCAAACGCGAGUGACUCGCUUUGUUACAGGUGUAACAACACCUUUACACAAAAGGCAAUUUUGUAUCCGAUAUACGGUGGAUGUGUGUAUUUCAUCUGUCUGGGCGCUAAGAGACGGCACAGCAAAGACGCACGGCGAUUGUAAUCAUUGCCCCAGCCUUAUCGCGGAUUGUCAGUCAACGACGCAGAGGUCCAUUGCAGCCAUGGGAAAAGUUUUUCUUGAACAAGGUUGAAUCUGCUCAUCUCACAUUUUGCUUUCACCUUUCGACUUCUUCGGGCUUGAGUCGGCAGUGUUAUUGACCUUGUGCGCAACGUUUGUGCACGCAGUCAAUCAAUUUGUUCAUUGGUUAUUGCGGGGAUAUUUUGGCAACCUGUCGGGAGGAAGAAACAUGGUUGUGAAUACAAUCCACUGGUUCAGAAAAGGGCUACGGCUCCAUGACAAUCCCUCGCUAAGGGACUCUAUCAGAGGGGCUGACUCUUUGCGGUGUGUUUAUAUUCUGGAUCCUUGGUUCGCCGGCUCCUCCAAUGUUGGCAUAAGCAGAUGGAGGUUCCUGCUGCAGUGUUUGGAGGACCUUGAUGCCAGCCUACGCAAGCUCAACUCACGACUCUUUGUCAUCAGGGGACAGCCCACAGAUGUCUUUCCCAGACUAUUCAAGGAAUGGAAGAUCAGCCGUCUGUCAUAUGAGUACGACUCGGAGCCCUUUGGUAAGGAGCGCGACGCAGCCAUCCAGAAGCUGGCCAGCGAGGCCGGGGUCGAGGUGACCGUACGGAUAUCCCACACACUCUACGAUUUGGACAAGAUCAUAGAGUUGAAUGGGGGCCAGUCUCCGCUGACCUACAAGCGUUUCCAGACGUUGAUCAGCCGCAUGGCCCAGGUGGAGAUGCCGGUGGAGACCAUCACGCCCGACCUCAUGGAGCGCUGCUUCACGCCCAUUGCAGACGACCACGACGACAAGUUUGGAGUUCCCUCACUAGAGGAGCUUGGUUUUGAGACAGAUGGGCUGAGCACAGCGGUGUGGCCGGGGGGAGAGUCAGAAGCACUUACCCGCCUCGAGAGACACCUGGAGCGGAAGGUGAGGUCACACCCCAACCCUGAGGGCUCUAGGGAGGAUGGUGGCCUGGCGUGGGUGGCCAACUUCGAGCGUCCCAGAAUGAACGCCAACUCCUUAUUGGCCAGCCCCACAGGCCUGAGCCCCUACCUGCGCUUCGGCUGUCUCUCCUGCCGCCUCUUCUACUCCAAACUCACAGACCUCUACAGAAAGGUAAAGAAGAACAGCGUCCCGCCGCUCUCGCUCUACGGCCAGCUGCUGUGGCGCGAGUUCUUCUACACGGCGGCCACCAACAACCCGCGAUUCGACAAGAUGGAGGGCAACCCCAUCUGCGUGCAGAUCCCCUGGGACCGCAACCACGAGGCGCUGGCCAAGUGGGCCGAGGGACGCACCGGCUUCCCCUGGAUCGACGCCAUCAUGACCCAGCUGCGGCAGGAAGGCUGGAUCCACCACCUGGCGCGCCACGCUGUGGCCUGCUUCCUCACCCGCGGAGACCUGUGGAUCAGCUGGGAGGAGGGCAUGAAGGUGUUUGAGGAGUUGCUGCUGGAUGCGGACUGGAGUGUGAACGCGGGCAGCUGGAUGUGGCUCUCCUGCAGCUCCUUCUUCCAGCAGUUCUUUCACUGCUACUGUCCAGUGGGCUUCGGCCGACGCACAGACCCCAACGGAGACUACAUCAGGCGCUACUUGCCGAUCCUCCGGGGUUUUCCCGCCAAGUACAUCUACGAGCCGUGGAACGCCCCCGAGGCGGUCCAGAAGGCAGCUAAGUGCAUCAUCGGCGUGCACUACCCCAAGCCCAUGGUCAACCACGCAGAGGCCAGCCGCGUCAACAUCGAACGCAUGAAGCAGAUCUACCAGCAGCUGUCCUGCUACAGGGGGCUAGGCUUGCUGGCUACGGUGCCAUCUAACUCCAACAGCGCUGGAGACGGGACGGCAGCCGGACCCUCCUCAGCAGACAGCCCUCAAGAGGGCACGUCAGUUGCAGGUGGCUCCAUGAUGGUACUGCAGGUCCCUGCCCUUACCCAGGGGGAGGUGGCCACAGGUGCCCACGGAGAGCUGCUCCAUGCUGAUCACACCAGCUACCAGCACCAGCAGCACGGGUACUUGGUUGGAGAGUCUCCAGCAUGUCAAAGACCACAGGCCCACGGUACAUCACAGAGAGGGCGGGGAGGCAUGGGCCAGGGCAAGAGAGCCAGUGAAGACUCCGCUGCCGGCAGGUCCAAGAUCCAAAGGCAGACCAGCCACUAGCUUCCAGGAGAACCAGCACCACCACCAGCACCCAGUCAUGGGCAAAAUGGAUUUAUUAGUUACAAUCUAGGGCCACAUUAUUCCAAAUGACCUCAUCCAGAUGAGCAUUUAUCAAGCGAAUCACCUGACUGAAUUGGACAGGUAAAACCAAGGUCAUUUGAAAUAAGUGGAACUGGAUGGUAAAUCAUGAAUCCAUUUUGCCCAUCAUCACUGCCAACACCUGAUCCACUCACACAGGGGUGCAGCUGCCGGGUAGAAGGGGGACAUGUACACACACACACACACACACACACACACACACACACACACACACACACACACACACACACACACACGACCCCCAAAUUCCUGAAACACAUGAAUGGCAUCCUUGGCAUCCUUGGCAUCAGAGCUGCAACCCUGCACUCUUUCACACACAGGGCAUCCUCAAUUGUUUUUCUCAGUCAGUCUAUCUGGUGCAUUUUCAGAUCAACCUACAAGGUUUCCCUUAAGAUCUGUAAGCAGCAAUACAAGCAGCACACAUUUUGGAAAAUUGGAACUCGACAAGCACAAUGUUUUAUAGUGCCAUGCCAGUGACUCUAGUAGUACAUGCCUGCAUGUCGGUUGGUCCAUCAGUUGGCCAGAAACCCGUUAGCUUUUUGGAGGAUGUUGACUGUGUCAUACGUACAGUAGGUCAGACUGUGGACCAUCUGUGAACAUUGUGUAAACAUGCUAGGCCAAUAGUAAUUGAUUAUUCAAUGCAGUGUUAUUAUUGUGUACAGUAAACGGCACCAGAGUGUAUGAUCGGAGAAUUUUAAGAAAUAUAAUUUUGACCUGAGUCUGAGGAAUCAUCUGAAGUGACUGAGAAAAAAAAAGCUGUCAUCAAUGGAGGAUGGCAAAAGUCCUGGCACAAGGAAACCCUGUGCCUGUGUAAUUAUUGUACAUGUCUUGUGUUUAUUAUGGUGGCUAACCCUACCCCUGAUCACCCAUGUAGUCAUCAUCAUCAGGGUCCUUGCAGGACUUGUACUUAAACGUGCACUGUGUAGGAUUUGCCUACUAAAUAUUCAUGAAAAAGAGCAAAUGAUUGAAUUGGCAGCAUACAUUUUGCUACAAAUGCUAAAAUGCUAAACUUACACAGAGGACCUUUGAGUUCAAUACUAGCCCUGUGUUCUGGAGGUGUUCCUUUUAUCUAUUGUGCAGCUCAUUUACUGUACAUAAUUUCUCUUUCUCAUUAAAGCGAAUAUGUAAAGCAAUGUUUUCUUUUCAAAAAGGAGAAAAAUGUUCUCUGGGCUUCAAUAAUAACAUAUUUACCUAGGCCUCCUAAGUAUUCCUGGGCAUUGUUAUGUGUAUUUAAUCUGGUUUUGGCCUUCAAUUAUAUUUUGAUAUGAUGGUUUUGGUACAAAAUGGUGCUUUGGUGAAGGCACAUCAGAAAUCUCAGGAAGCGUAGGCCAAUAGAUGAGAAUAUUUCGACAACCGUUUCUAGAGACAUUUUUAUUUUUGAGAGAAUAAAAGCUUUUCCUACCCUUAAUGUUCCUGUACCUCAGAGAAGAGAUGAGUGCAGUUGUCAUUUAUGACAUCCAUUAAUGACAGCUCCAACAAGGACAGAAAACCAGCAUUUUUUUCCAAUGGAGAUUUUAAAUAUAUACAUUUUGUUUUCCGGUAUGUUUACUGAUAACUUUUUUUUACGGCUUUGUAUAUGACUGAAAACAAAGGUUUAUGAUAUUGUCAUUGUUAUUGUUUUUUUUACUGUUGGAGGUAGCAUCAUGAAAUGUACAUAAUUAUGUAAUUAAUUUCAUCAUUAUACCUGUACAUAGACAUCUGCAACAUACUAUUGGACACUAUACUGCUGUGAUUUCAUAGUGUGACCUGUUGCUCUAUCUUUUGUACUACUGUAAGUUCUCUGUUUAAUAACAAAUUAUCCUCCCAAAUGUUUAAAUGUUAUUAUGGUCCAAUGUGAGGCGUUUGGGAGAGUUAUCCACUGUACUCUGAUUUUUCAGACCUUGGGCUGAAUUUGGAAAUAAAUAAUCAUUUGAACUCUGU